AUGCCCCCAAGACGUAGACGUGGUCAGCAUGUGGGGAACAAUGUGGGGGAACAGACGGAAGGAAGUGUCGGGAAUCCGCCCCCGCCUCCACCACCACCUCUACCCCAACCAAACGAAAGGGAGUACAUCAAAGCCUUUCGCAAAGAGAACACACCCAAGUUCGAUGGGUUGGGAGAGCCCCCAAAGGCGGAGGCAUGGGUGCGCGACAUUGAGCGUAUCUUUGAGUUUAUGGGAUGCUCGGACAGAGAACGCCUGGCCUGCGUGACUUAUCAGCUGACAGGACCCGCUGACUUUUGGUGGGAAACAAAGAAGAGAACCAUGGACCCCGCUCGCCGUGAGGCGCUUACUUGGGAGGAUUUUAAGGAAGAGGUUUACAACAAGUAUGUUCCGGAAAGUUAUCGGCGGGCGAAGGUAGUGGAGUUCCACACUUUAAAACAAGGAAAUAUGACGGUCACGGAGUACGACCGCGCCCUAUGUGAGAUGACUCGUUAUGCGCCAGAAUUGGUGGAUACAGACGAGAAGAUGGCUGCGAAGUUCUGUUCCGGCCUUAGGACAGAGAUAAGGGUAGCAGUGGCUAGUCGGAGGGGAAUUCCUUAUUCCGAGAAUCAUGGGCGCCAAAUUGUGCCACAUCAGAGGGGAAACCCGCAGAGAACACCCUACUGUAAUCGGUGCUCCAAGCAUCAUGUUGGAGAGUGCCGAGUUGGAGGCAUUCGGUGUUACGCCUGCGGUGGAAACGGGCACAUGUCUCGAGAGUGCCCAAACAACAACAAAGAUGGAGUGAAGAAUGGGCAAGGACAGAGGCCACCACAGCAGCCUCAACCAAUCCGACAAGUGGCCCCACAACAAGCAAGGGCGUACGCACUCAAAGGGAAUCAAGGGCAGGAACCCCAAGCCAACAAGGGCAAGGAGAAUUUGGCAGGUAUGGGAAAGCUCCAACAACUGCCUAUUAUUGUGCUAACUCUCUACUGCUAUGCUUGA